GUGCUGUGCGACUCAUCGCAUCACUGACCCUUGGAUCAAUUCGAUGUGGCGGCCAGACUCGCUGUGCCUGUUUCACGGUCGUCAAGGAUAGGCGAGCCGGCGCCGGGCAUGGUCGGAGAGGACGGCGUCGAGAGAGGUGGGCGAGAUAGACGGCGAGAAGCAGGACGCGGGGAGGGUAAGACGGAGAAAACCGAAGGGCUGACCGACGGAGCGACGCGUGACGGGACGCGUUGUUUAUCCGUCCCGAGUUUAUUUGGCACGCCGGCCGAGCUGGGGACAAGUCGCUGGGGUUUGACGUCGCAGGUGGCGUCCUACUUAUACGAUCCCCCGCAUACAUACGCUCCUUACUAUGCUCUCCGCCACUCUCUGAUCCACUGAUACUCCUCGCGCACUCUCUCGACAUCUCCUCCUCGACGCCCUCUCAAACAUCCUCUAAAUAGCCCGCCUUUUCCACCAGGACCCAAAAUGGCCACUAUGACCAUGUCUGCAGGACCCUCUGGCCUCAAAUCGUCUGUAGUCAGGCCAUAUGUCUCGUCACCACUUGCUGCCAACGGUCCUUCGCGACCAACACGCAACACUCGGUUGAACGCGCCCGCAUUCCCCACAUCGCGACCAUUGCGGCCAUUCCCAUCCAUUGCCAACGUGCUGCCCGGCACAGCAGCACGAAAAGGCAUCUCUGGGGAGAAGAAGACCAUCAAACUCAUCGAGCCUCCCGCAAAUGUGAAAUGCGCGUUUGUCUUGAACCUCACCCAGGCGGAGUUCAGUCGGCAGGAUUGAAGGGAUGAUUAGAGGUGUCGCAUAUACCCGGUUUUCACUUUUUAUUCUAUGUAUUCCUCGGUCUUCCCGUUCUCCAUCAGGAGUCCGUUGUAUAGAUGGACUUGCAUGCGAUGUCCGGUAGCUUACUCGCUUCUGUGCACCGCUACGCGUAUCCCUUUCCGUUCAUCAAAGCCCUUCCAUAGCUUUCACUUCACCGUUCAACGCUCCUUCUGGGAGGGCAUGUCAUAAUUCCAGAAACUUCACUGGGGGUGUGGUCUGUAGUCAUGUACCUGUACGAGUAGGUUUCAUAUCAGUCUUUUACAAUGGCGGCUCGAAUGUGCUUCCUCCAUACGGCGUUCAUACGCGCAUACGUACUACACAUAAUAUUUGCAUCGCAUAUACUCCGUGGAUCAUGUGAACCUUGAACUUGAACGUUGGAUGCUC